AUGUCAAAGUCUUACAUUUUGCCUUUUUUACAAAUGGUUCAACUUAGUGAAGAGCAGAGAAUUCAUAUAUGCACUUUAUUAGAUGAAGCAGUUUACACACAACCCGAACUUGCUGCACAAUAUAAAUCAGAUCAUCCUCAUAUUUUAACAAAUCGAAAAGUAUGCAAAACAGUUCAUUAUAUUGUUAGUGAAGAGGUUUCAACUGCGGUUCAAGUUCAAAAGAAGCUUAUUUCUAAUUAUAAGCUUGAAGUUUCUUCAAUAACUAUUCGACGACAAAAAUUUCAAAAUAGCAAAAGAGAUAAUAAUAAAGAAUAUAAUUCUUCUGAUAAUGAAGAUUUAGAUAUGGGAUUCGAAUGGGAAGAUGGAUAUUUUGAUAAAGAAGAAAGUUUAUUUCAAACUCUAGUUGACAAUAUGAAAAAUUUUAUACCAUCUAAAGAAGAAGGAAAUGAUGAUGAAGGAGAAGAAAGGAAUGAUAAUGGAGAAGUAAGAAAUGAUAAUGAAGGAAAAGAAGAAAAUGAUGAUGAAAGA